AUGUUAAUUGGAAAACGCAGUAUAUCGGGGAUUACUCCUUCUUGCCCAUUAUCAGCCUUUCACACGAGGUCUACCACAUCCUCGCUCCUCCAUCAACGAUACAUAAUGGUUCUCAGAUCGAAGAAGAGUAAACGGAACGCAUCUCCUAUCCCAGAAGACCCUUUCGAGCCGUCAUCGACAAGUUAUGUAAGGGCUAAGGAUGGAAACCCACUUCCCUCAAAGAUCGAACUGGAACUUGCCAAACGUGCCUUGAGACCUCGAUCCCCAUCCGUUCUUCCAGGAGUUCGACCUAUCCCUAAAGAGAUUUCAGAAUCGCUCAGAGAUCAACUUGUUCCGGGAAAGUUCUACGCCAAGUCACUUACUCAGUACCUUGGUCCGUUCGAUAACGAACCGACAGUGGACGAGUUACCAAGCGGUGAUACGUUUUUCAUUUUGCAGAAUAUGGGACGUCUCGGUGACACUGGGAAGUGCAUAUUUCGGCAUGUCAGACAGAUUGAAGUUCCAACGAGGGAAUUCCCACCACCACGGCCCAUUUCACCAUCUGAACUGCCAGGAGUUCGAUCUCUGAAUAAUGAACUGGAUGCGGAGGCGAAGGAGAACCUAGUGCCUGGCCACUACUAUGCGAAGUCCAUGAAUCGAUAUUUGGGCCCCUUUGAAAGCAUACCAGUCCCCGAACUGCUUCCGAGAGGAGAUUCCUACGUUAUCCUGCAGGAAAUGGGACGACUACCGAAUGGGUGCAUGAUAUUCCGGCGGGUUACUCAGAUCGAUCGAUGA